AUGGAAAGUUCGGAAGACAAGCAAUGGGCCUCGAGAUAUCUCCUCGAUCCCCUCACAGCGCCUGAGCCCAGCGCAGAGACUGGCCCCGGAACACACCAUAUAACCACAGCUACACCAGCGAUGACAUCUCCUUCAGCUUCUGUCUCUCGCAAACCCGUAGCCUCCGCCUCCGUGCGCUCCGUGUCUCGAAGCGACAAAGAUGGCUCCGCCGUCUCUAGCCAUCGAAGCAACAACCCCUACCGCAACGGCAACAGCACACCUAGCAGUACCGGCUUUCCUACUCCACCCUCAUCCGGCAGCCCUGCCACAGAGCAUUUUCCCGAAUUCUCCGGCUUACACGUACCCAGUAACCGCGUAAGCCAAGCCUCCACUCAGAUCCCCACAUCGACAGGCGGCGUUGCUACCACCGCUUCCUCCGCCAGCACGAUCCGCACUCGCGACCGCCGCUCCAGCUCCUUAAAUCAGCGCUUCCCAGGCGAUCAAUCACACCGGCCGCUCGACAUGCUCCGCCAGUCUUCCACAGCCGCGAACCGCUCCCCUCACUUGCGGAAAAGAAGCCAUGUUGGUGCCGAUAGUAUUGAUACUUUGGAUAAUGUCGCUGGAGCCGCCUAUCAUCAUGAGGGGCCUUAUGACGCUACGUUGUUGGCGAGGAAUCAGAAGAAGGCAACUGCACCUGUCGCGGCUGUUGCGGGGAGUAAUAGAGAGGCUCUCAGAGCGACGCCAAGGGAGAAGGUCCUAGAUUCUGUUCUUAGGCACGUCCCGCUUGAUGGUGUAGCAUUUGUGCCGCCCGGAGAGGUGGGAAGGGAUGGCCGAAGAUACUUCUAUCGUGAGGGGGAGGAUUUGAUGAGAGAGGGAAACCCCGAAGGUGGGGCAUAUAAACGGUGGCCUGGCGUCAUACGGCAGCAAUACCACCCCUCCGACCUCAAAGGCAAAGGCGAGCCCGCCUACUCUCUCGAAAAAGCCCUCAAAACACACAAGCGCAACGCGAGCGAAGGACAAAGAAGUAACUACGAAAUGGUGGAUAGUCCCACCACCACCAACCCACGUUCCGAUCCUCAUCCCCGCACCCGCCCCAAUGGCAUCACCACAGGGCGUAGAGCCGAAUUGGAGGGAAGUGGACACAGGGGCGAGAUGGAGGGAAGUGGACGCGGGGCUGCAUUGGAGGGAGGGGAGCUGAGACACCGACGUAGCGCUGAUGCUGUUAGCACGGCUUCCUCGAUGAGAGCGCCGCCGCAGCAAAAUUAUAAGGAUUGGGAGGCUGGUGCGCCGAGGGGAGCGGAGAGUGGAACUGGGGCGAGACUUAGGAGGGGAAUGGGGAGCCUGAGAAUUGGGGGAAGGGAGUAG